AUGCCUUCUACAAAUCACGAAUAUAAUAACGUUUUUGAUUAUAGGCAUCCCCUUUAUAUUGGCGGCUGGCGAAGGAAUGUCGCGUACAUUGACGAAGAUUUUAUCCAUGACAACCUAGACGAGCCUCAUAUGAAGAGGAAAAUUACAAUUUUAAAUCAAUAUCCAGAAAUUAAAAGACUAUAUGGAUAUGACACCAUUACCAUAGACAUUGCAAUUGCCGGAGUCUUAGUUCAAAUGACGGCAGCAUAUACAUUCGGUCGUUGGCUAAUCAGUUGGAAUUUGACAAUGUUUAUUGUUUCAUUUUUACUCGGAGGGACUAUGACACAGAUUUAUAGUAUAAUUAUUCAUGAGACUACACAUUGCCUCGCGGCGAGAACAGAAUUUCAGAAUCGUAUCGUGGGUCUUAUCGCAAAUAUAGCAUUACCAGUACCCAUAUCCAUGUCUUUUCGUCGACACCAUUUAAAACAUCACGCUUUUCAAGGUGUAGAGGAGAUAGACCCAGAUUUACCUUCAGAAUGGGAGAAAAAGUUCGGUUGUAGCACUGUAUUUAAAUUAUUAUGGCUAUUUUUCUAUCCUAUAAUAUAUCCCAUUCGUAAUAUAUCAAUGUUUAAAGAAUUAGAGCUAUGGGAACAUAUAAAUUUCUGUUUUACCCUUUUAACUGAUAUUAUCAUAUACCAUUAUUGUGGUUAUAGAGGAUUCUUAUAUCUACUUAUGUCAUUAUGGUUUGGUUUUAGCAUUCACCCGGUAGCAGCUCGUUAUAUCCAAGAGCAUUAUACGUUUGAUGAUGGUCAAGAAACUUAUUCCUAUUAUGGAAGACUUAAUAAAAUAUUUAUGAAUAUUGGUUAUCAUAAUGAACACCACGAUUUUACAAAUGUACCGUGGACAAGACUUCCCGAAAUUCAUAAAAUUGCAUCUGAAUAUUAUGAGAAUCUUGCUUAUCACACGUCAUGGCUUAUGGUCCACUGGAAUUUUGUUAUGCAAAGGCAGUUCGGGCUACAAAGUCGUGUAAAGAGAAGUUUUAAAGCACAUAAAAGAGGUCGAAAAAUGCUGAAAAAUUUGAAAAAGGCACUAAUAUAG